AUGACGACGACAGUCGCCUCCGCCAUUCGACCCAGCCUGCGCGAUCGACAACAAUCUGGUUCACCACACACUCCCAGUCGCUACAUAUCCUCUGUCCAAUCCUCUCCCGGUUCCUCGUUUCUCCGUCCUGAGGAAGAUCCCAUCAUCAUUGAGCUUGACCCUCGUGGGCUCAACGCAGGCUUUCAGGGCGAAAGCGGCCCACACUGCACCUUCUCCUUUACACCACAGAACUCUCGAAGAAUUGGCGAUUACCAGGCAUAUCUACCGGGCUACAAGAGAAGGAGAGCAGAUUUACAAGCUCGCAGUAGAGAGUAUGAGUUAUGGAGAAGCGAUUUGAGCGAUGUCGAUUUGGGGCUGCUGGAAGAUAAGCUAGAACGCGCCGUGCGCGAAGCAUACAACAAACAUUUGCUUGUUGACGCUGGUGCUGCCCGGCUAAUACUUGUGCUGCCAUCGCUUGUCCCUCAUCCCGUACUAUCCACGAUUCUCACGCUCUUUUUUGAGCGAUGGAAGUAUUCCUCGAUUACCCUCCUUCCUGCGCCGGCCAUGACAAUCGCUGCUGCUGGGUUACGUUCAGGCUUGGUCAUUGAUCUUGGAUGGGAAGAGACGGUCAUCACCGCAAUCUACGAAUAUCGAGAAGUCCAGGUCCGUCGAAGUACGCGUGCCAUGAAGGCACUGACAUUGAAGAUUGGCCAACUGUUGGACGCUGUCAGAGAGAAGCAAGAUGUGCAAGUCCGCGACUCAUUACUGCUGGAUUUCGACUUUGUGGAGGAGUUCAUCGAUCGUGCUGGUGCGUGUCAUGCGAUGGUUAUGGACGUAGAUGAAGAUCUAGCAGCAAGAACGGCGACACUACAAGUCCAGCAGCAAUCAACCUCCAGUCCAAGAGAUGAAAAUGGCGCAAAGCUUGUAAUUGACUGGCCCACAGAGACCUCAUAUCGGUCCAUAGCCGUUCCCCGAGAGGCACUCCACCUCGCAUGUAUCGAAGCCAUAGUGGGGACCAAAGAUGAGACAUCAAGUGACGACCAUGAACAGUCCGUCAGCCAACUUCUGUACAGAACACUCCUCUCUUUGUCCUCCGACGUCCGUGGUGUUUGCAUACCAAGGAUCGUCUUCUCUGGUCGUGCUACCUCCGUGGCCGGCUUGUCCCAAUGUAUCCUUGACACAACCAAUGCCAUCAUCUCUCAACACGGCUGGACUGCGGUCAGAGGAAAGCACCUUCCCACCACACGAAGCGGGCUCGGAGAACUUGCACAGGGCAAAGCAGCACCUGCGGAUGCUCGGCACGACCUCCAUCCUCCAGGGAUGGACGAUUUUGUCGAAGAGCGCCUCUACAAGCAAAAGGCGAAGGAUACACAGCCGGCCGUUCCUGUUGUUUUUCGACAGGUCGAGUCUCUCGGACCAUGGACUGGGGCGAGUCUCAUUGCAAGCUUGAAAGCAAAGUCUUUCGUUGAGGUAGAUCGAGAGAAGUUCCUUUCCCACGGACUCGCAGGGGCGCAUCGGGACUUCGAAUCAAACCUUGCUUCUCAGCGUCUAGGUCCAGCGAGAGGCAGUGAGAGGACCAGUUGGACUUUAGCAGGAUGGGGCUGA